CGCCAUGCAGCUCUCUUCGCGCUCACCUUCCUCUGUGACGUCUCUCCACCCUUCGCCCUCCACACUCUCCCCCUCCUCCUCUCCCUCGCUCUCCCCGCCUCCCCACCGCCACCGCUGCCACUCUCCCUCAAACGCCAUUUGCACCGCUCUUCACACCCGCGUCUCUCGCACCAAACCAAGCAGCCUGGGGUGAGAAGAAACGCACAAAUAUGUGAAGCAGAGGCAGACGAGCGUGUGGGGGGGGAGUGGCAGCAGCAGCAGUCGGAUGGUUCUCCUGCUGCCCGUGCAACGGUGCACCCACACUCCUUCACCCACUCCCUGCCUCCACACACACUGCCACUACUGGCCCUAGACACGCCUCUUCUCACAUCGUCCUCCCUCUUGCCACGUGUCAGCCACCCAUUGGCCCGGUGGAAGGAGGGUGCGGAGGCGGACGAGGGGGUGCGGGUGCGAGUGGCAGCAGUGGUGGUGAAGUGCAUGGCGGGGCAUGAGGAGAGGGCUGUGAGGCGCGUGGCGUGGCAGGUGGCAGUCUGCCUGCUCUCUGCCUUCCCCUCUGCCCCGUGGUCCCUGCUGCUGCGAUCGUGGGUGUGCGCGCUGCAAGCACAGCUUGGCUGA